ACACAUAUAUAUAUAUCGCCUGUUGUACGGACAACAGUCUUGCAUCUCGCGUGAUAUUAGAAAAACAAUAGUAAUGGCUGCCAUGUGGGAGUGGAUUCGGGACACUUUUUGGAGUGAAUGGUUUUGGCUGCCUCCUCAGCAUAGCUGGAAGGAUUUGGAGAACCGUGAUGAUGGAAUUUAUGUACCACAAGUGUCCGAUAUGCUUGUCACCGUGCCCCUCACAGUUUUGUUGCUUGUUUUGCGAGCGCUGUUCGAAAGAUACGUAGCAGCACCCAUAGGUCGGUACUAUGGCCUCAAGGAUAAGAGGGCCCUAAAGGCGGCGCCCAACCCAUAUCUGGAGAAAAUAUUUGCACAAAAUAAAACCCCAGACAAAAAUUCAUUUUUGAGCAUAUCCAAACAGACUGAUCUGAGCGUGAGGCAAGUAGAAAGAUGGUUCCGGAUAAGACGAAUGGAGGGCCGAACCAUCGUUCUCUAUAGAUUUACAGAAUCAAGUUGGAGAUUUUUGUUCUAUCUGUUCAUAUUUUGGUACGGAUUGAUAGUGCUGUGGGAUAAAAGUUGGUUAUGGGAUACCAUGCAGUGUUGGAUCGGAUAUCCACGUCAUGAUAUCACCCCAGAAAUCUUCUGGUACUAUGCAAUGGAAGCAUCCUUCUACCUCUCACUUUUAAUUACACAGUUUAAGGAUGUCAAAAGAAAGGAUUUCUUUGAGAUGUUCAUCCACCACUUGGUAACACUGAGCCUCAUGUUUCUAUCAUGGUCACAGAAUAUUGUGAGAUUUGGGACACUCAUCCUCGUCUUGCAUGAUGCUGUGGACUCCUUGUUGGAGACUGCCAAAAUGGCUAAAUAUCUGAAAUGGCAGAAAACAACAGACAUAGUGUUUGCCUUAUUUCUACUUGUGUGGAUCAUUACAAGAAUGAUUCUGUUCCCAUAUAAGUUGAUAUAUACUGCAAUGUUCCAGUCGACAACCAUUGUGGGUUUCUGUGCAAUAUACUUCUUAUACAAUGGCCUGCUAAUCGUGUUGCAAGUACUCCACAUAUUCUGGUUCGUCAUCAUCUCCAAGAUGGCAUACAAUGCUCUGAAAAGAGGAAAUAUUGAAAAAGAUGGCAGAAGUUCAAGCGAUGAAGAAAUAUCUGACGAUGAUGUUACCAAUCACAAGUCUGAUCAUGUAGCUAAUGGCAACAAUCUAACCAAUGAUAACACAGGAAAAUAUUUGUCAACCAAUGGAAAGGUUGGAACAAAUGGAGACAUUAUUCUUUCUGACAGCAACCAGAACAAACUGGAGAGGGGAUUUUAGGGAAGAUCUAUUCGUCAAUACUUCUUUGUUUUCACUUAUACUUGUUUAUGAUUUCAUCUGCUAAUAUUCUUCAUCAUUUGUUCAUGCAAGAUUCUUCAUCAGAAUAGUAUAAAUUGUGGCCAUUAAGCUUGGCUUUAAACCAUUUACAGUCCUCUAAUUCCCAUAUAUAUUUAUGUUGUACAUUUAAUCAUAUUUUACCCUAUGCAAAAUCUGAAGGAUAUUGAAACUGAAAAUGUGAAUGACAAUUUGCCAAUAUAUGCAAAUUUUUAUCCAGUGUCUUGAUUUCAUAAAAUGCAUGAAAAAAUAAUUCAUUUUAGUCAGAUUAUCAUACAUUAAUUGUUUUCUAUGUGUAGGUGCUAGGUGGAUUUGUUGUAAAAGUUGAUUGUGUGAAAGAUGUCAUUGACAGGUCAUUGUGUUUCCUCUUGGCGGACAUGGGGUGGUAGGGUAGCCUAGUGGUUAAAGCGGUCGCUCGUCACAUGGAAGGCCCGGGUUCGAUUCCCCACAUGGGUGCAAUGAGUGAAGCCCAUUUCUGGUGUCCCCCGCCGUGAUAUUGCUAGAAUAUUGUUAAAAGAGGCAUAAAACUAAAUUCAACCACUCAUUCACUAAUGGCAGAGUUCACAUUGUUUCAGAUUAAUUUGGAAAUAAGCAGAAUCUAUUAUUAUGGUUUAGUAAUCUCAUUAAAAUCAGAUCUUUUUCUCCAAAUUGUUGCCUCUCUUCAUCAAGAUCUGCCAGGAUGUCGCACUCCGUGAGCUUUGGGUGAGAUAAUGAUGGUGAGAGGGAUCAAGCAGGCCUGAUGAUGAGAUCCACAUACACUGAAAUGUAACUUCCAUGUGAUAGAAGCUACUCUGUUUUCUGAAUUAUCAUUUGUCAGUUAUUACCAGUAAUAAUUUCAGUCAUGCUAAAGCUGAAUUAUGUUGAAUGCUUGUGUUCUGCAUCAUGAAAACAUCCUGUACUAAUGCAACACUAAUUCAGCUUCGAUCCUGUUCAUUACAUGGUUUAACUAAAAAGCCCUUUCAACAAGAUGUGUUGUGGUUACAGCCAUUAAUGUUCAGGAUGAGACCUGAUCUGAUAUUUACUUGUUAUCCUGUUCCAUUAGUGAUAUAUCCCAGGCAAAUCUUGUGAAUAAUAACCCCGAUUUUAUU